CUUACAUCUCUUUCUUACUCACAACUAUCUCAGAAGCAAUAUGAAGAUUUCAGGAAAUACUUUUAUCGUCACUGGAGGUGCAAGCGGUCUCGGUGAAAGCACCAUUAGAAAGAUCGUUGGACAAGGCGCCAACGCAGUUGUUAUUGAUUUGAAUGAGGAAGGAGCCAAGAAACUCUCAGAAGAGUUUGGUGAAGAUCGUGUUCUUGCUACUGGAAGCGUUAACGUGACCGAUGAGGCCCAAGUUGAGAAAGCUUUGGCACUUGCUGUUGAGCACUUUGGAACCAUCGCUGGAGCUAUCAUCUGCCACGGUGUUGCUGGCGCUGUGCCAUCUAUUCCCGGAUUCGGGCCCAACAAUGCUCUCACUAGCUUCCAGCAAAUGAAGUUUGUCAGCGACAUCAACUAUCUUGCCGUGUUCUGCGUCGCCCAAAAGGUUGUUGAGAUUAUCAUGAAGCAAGAGCCAUUGAACGAAGAGGGUGAACGUGGUAUUAUUGUUAUGGUAUCCUCCGUCGCUGGUUUGGAUGGUAGCACUUCCGCUUAUGGUCCAUCAAAAGCUGCCGUUGCUGGACUCGUUCUUCCUUUGGCUCGUGAAUGGGCACCUUUCGGUAUUCGUGUCGCCGGAAUUGCGCCAGGUUACUUCGUCACCCCCAUGACCACCAACUUGCCCGAGGAGUACCAAUCCAUGCUGAUUCCCAAUGUGUUUCCCAAGAGAUUGGGAUUACCUGCUGAAUUCGCUAAUACUGUCUCCUACGUUUUGGAGAACGUCAUGGUUAACGGUAGCAUCCUUCGUCUUGACGCUGGUGUCAGACUUACAUAUUAAAUAUGGAGAGUGCAACAAUGUUCUUUUGCGUCGUUUGAAAUUAGAAGGGUUAUAUUUUAGCCCAGUACAUCGCGUUUUUUUUGUAGUCAGUGAAUAACUACAAUUAGAUAUCUCGUUUAUUUAAUAUGUAUGGAAGUUGAUCUAUAAAUGCUUUGAAAGCUUAGUAUAUCGUUUUCGUACACAUAA